AUGCAGUCGCCUUGUCUAAAAGAAGCCUCCCAAGUAUGCCUUCACGGCUGCUGCCCCAGCCCUCUCCUUGGAUUUCCUGAGCCCCGGAAAAAGUUGGGCAACAACAGAAGCACAGCAGCAACAUGCCGCCACAACUUUGCUGCAACAGCAACUUCCUCUAUCUUCCCAAAUACCCAAUUUACAAAUCCUGAGUCUCUUCCAACUUUGCAAGAAUCAUUUACUGAAUUCAGCAAAGUUUAUCCAAGAUACUCAGAUAGCUAUCAAGUAGACCAAAUUCGAGCCCAAGAAUACUAUCAGCUCUCACUUUCCCACCAUACCUGCCUUGAUUAUAUUGGCAUCGGCCUCUUCUCCUAUGCCCAGCUGCAAAAUCAUGACUGCAGAAAAAAAAUAGUCUCUUCUUCUUGUCCCCCACCUCAUUCACCUCCUAAGAAUUCGCAUUUUCCUUUCUUCAGUGUGUCCUACAAGACAGGGAAUUUGAAGACACAGCUACUUCAUGGUGGCCAAGAAUCGGAAUUAGAGUCUACAAUAAAGAAAAGGAUUAUGAGUUUUCUCAAUUUAUCUGAAAAUGAGUAUAGUAUGGUUUUCACUUCAAACAGAACAUCAGCUUUUAAACUUGUAGCAGAGUCUUACCCUUUCCACUCUAGUCGGAAGCUUCUGACAGUUUAUGACUAUGAGAGUGAAGCAGUGGAAACCAUGAUUAACUGUUCUGAGAACAAAGGAGCUCAAGUCAUGCCAGCAGAGUUCUCAUGGCCUAGGCUGAGGAUUCAUUCAGCAAAAUUAAGGAAGAUGAUUAUGAGGAAAAGAAAAAAGAAGAAGAAGAGGGGACUAUUCGUCUUUCCACUUCAUUCUAGAGUGAGUGGGGCCAGAUAUCCUUAUAUAUGGAUGAGCAUAGCUCAAGAGAAUGGCUGGCAUAUCCUGAUUGAUGCUUGCGCAUUGGGGCCGAAGGACAUGGACAGCUUUGGCCUCUCUCUCAUUCGCCCAGAUUUCCUCAUUUGUUCCUUCUACAAGAUUUUUGGGGAAAAUCCAUCUGGAUUUGGAUGUCUCUUUGUCAAAAAAUCUACAGUUCCACUAUUGGAAGACACCGCCUGUGCUGGAAUGGUAAAUCUCAUCCCAGCAAAGAAGUUGUUUUGGUUCCUAGAUGAAUCUUCGGGUACUGAUACAGAAAUUGAACAUAUGUCUAAAUUUGAAAUAGAAGAAGAUGAACUAGAUACAUCAAACUCUUUUUCAGGUCCAAUAUCUAUUUCAAAACUGCAAUCUGGAAUACAACAAGGAGAAACCUCUGAGCCUCAAACUGGAGUAACAACUAGAGAACAGAAAGUAUCACAAACUGGCGAGCCUGAAACUGCACAACAGCAAGAAUUAGAAACUACAGGAGCAGCAGCAAAACAGAAGGAAUUAGAAACUUCUCAAAACGAUAAAGUAAAAAAGACCAUAAAUAGCAGCAGAAAUGGAACCAUGGAGAUUGAAUGUAGGGGGCUGGAUGAGGUUGAUUUGUUGGGAUUAACUCAGAUCAGUAAUAGAGCAAGGUGCCUGAUUAAUUGGCUGGUGAAUGCUCUGAUGAAGCUAAAGCAUCCAAACAACGAGGAAGUCCCUCUUGUUAGAAUAUACGGGCCAAAGAUAAGAUUUGAUAGGGGACCUGCAAUGGCGUUCAAUGUGUUUGACUGGAAAGGAGAAAAGGUUGAUGCUCCUCUUGUACAAAAACUAGCAGAUCGAAGCAACAUAUCUCUCAGCUAUGCAUUCCUACAUCAUAUCUCAUUCUCAGAAAAAUAUGAAGAAGAAAGGGCAACACUUCUUGAGAGAAAAGCAAGUGGAGUAAAUAGGAAACAGAAAGAAAAUCUGGGAAUAACAGUUGUUACAGUGGCACUUGGGUUCCUGGCCAAUUUUGAGGAUACUUACAGGCUUUGGGCUUUCAUUGCUCAGUUCCUGGAUGCAGACUUUGUGGAGAAGGCCAAGUGGAGAUAUACUGCUCUAAAUCAGAAAACCAUUGAAGUAUAAACAAAAAAUUAUUUGUUCACUCUUUUAGAUUAUGAAGUUCAUCAUUAAAAAAAAAAACAGGAUUCACCAAACGAAAAGAAAGGUAAGCACGAUUGUUCUUUCAGAUAAAAAAUUCAGAAUCACGCAUUCGGUUCAUGAUAUUCUAUAUAUAUCAAUUUAAAGAUUUGAUCGCA